GUGGAUAAAAUGAAUAAGUCGCGCAGGAUCCUCCUAAGGAUCCUUAUGCUUUUGCUAACGAUAUCGGGAAUCACGGCGAAUGGUACAGAUGUUCCCUUGCGAUGCGACGGGUACGAUUCGAAGGGAUACAUGGACGAGAACGAUGCCUUUUGCAGGGUCAGGGGAUUGACGGUCACCCACAGCCAGAAUGUCGUGAUUAAAAACAUACCACCGGGAAAUAUGGUCAAGGUCAUGAAGUUCUACGGAUCGACGCUAUUGUAUAUGCCCUUCCACCUUUUCGAGACCUUUCCGUAUUUGAAAUCCCUGGAUGUGAGGAAUAAGAGUAUUUUGGAACUAACCAGAAACGCUUUCAGUGCGGCCAGUAAUCUAACUCAUUUGAAUUUGGCCUAUAACAACCUCACCACAAUUCAGAGAUCGGUUUUUAUAGGAGCUAAUGUCCUGAUGCGAUUGAAUCUGUCCUACAAUAAAAUAUCCUCGCUAAGUGUUUAUGCCUUUUGUGGGCUGCGCACCAUGGCCCAGCUUUAUCUAUCUGGCAACCUGCUGAAGGAGCUGGACAAGGAUAUUUUCAAGGACAAUGAGUACUUGGAGCAGGUAUACUUCGACGGGAAUUUACUGACCACCAUUAAAUCGGAGGUAUUUCGAAAUAUGCGGCGCAUUAAGGAAGUGAAUCUGUCCAACAAUCGACUGGUUUUCAUUCACCCGGAUACUUUUGCUGAUGCUGCGAGCUUGGAAUAUCUUUUUCUGUCGAACAAUCAGUUGAAGAACUUUCAGUUGACGGAGAAAAACAUUGUGAUCCAGCUGCACUUGGAUAACAACAACCUAACUAAUUUGACCAUUAAUGCCACGAGGAUUGUAAGAGCGAGUCAUAAUCAAAUUUCGGAGCUUUACUUCCACCAGAGUUUUCACAUCGAAACACUUGAUUUGAGUGCCAAUAACUUGACGAGUAUAUCCAAUAUAACUAAUAUAACCUACCUACUCUAUCUGGAUAUUUCGGAAAACCCCAUUGGUCCUUUAAAUGUCAGCACUUUUUCGCAACUCAAGAGAUUGAGGGGAUUAAAUCUGCGGGGAACUGGAAUUCAAGAGCUUGAAUUUGGAAUGUUUUCGGAGCAGAAACACUUGGAGGAGCUGGACCUAUCUUUCAAUUACAUGUCCAGCCUUAAUCUGGAUAUGUUUGUGCCGUAUCAGUCGAAAUUGAAAAAGUUCCUAAUAGACGGCAAUGAACUAAAUGAGCUCCAGGGAAGUCGCUCGUUUUCCGAUGCCUUUCCGCAGCUCCAGAAAUUGGGAGUUUCCAGGAAUUACUUCAAUUGCUCCUAUUUGCAUCGCCUGCUCAAUCCACCUUCGCUGCCCGAAUGGGUGGUUCUGAAUAUCGAACCGGACUCCAAUCUGGAGGAGACCCCCCACAUCCGAAAUGUAUCCUGCAUCAGUCAAUCGCCGAAGCGUUUUUUUUUCGUUUACAGAAUGUUAAUAAGCUAAUUUUCGA